AUGGCCACCAAAGAGUUGCGAUUUGCACCUAGUCGCAACGAAAUCUUGGACGCCAUUGAAGCCAACGAUUGGGCCACCAUGCGAAAAUUAAGCCUCCAGCCAGGAGGACUGGCUUCUGCAAGAAAGGAGGCUUGGGAGUUCCUUCUACGUGUGCGUGGUUCGGAACGAUCGCCAUCGGAAGAGCCUUUGGACACUCUCGCACCUCAUUCAGACGAGCGACAAGUCAAACUUGAUACUGACAGAAGCUUUGUAACAUAUCCGGUUGUUAGCCCACCGGAGAAGGAACGUCUCAAAGAAGAGCUUAACAAUAUCAUUGUUUCAACUCUGAGGCGAUAUCCCAAAUUAUCCUAUUUCCAGGGCUAUCACGAUAUAGUCUCCGUCUUCCUUCUAACCUUUACGAACCACUCGCGCAUAGACGAUAAUGAUUUACGAAAGAUGCAAACAUGUAUUGAUAAGUUGAGCAUCCACAGACUUAGAGAUGCGAUGGGGGAAGGCCUAGGCCCAUUGCUAGGAGGGCUACGAAUCCUUCGAAGAUUGAUACGCUUUGCUGAUCCACCCUUCUCUGAAUUGCUAGAAAGGAUAUCACCUUUGCCUUAUUUUGCAUUAUCGAAUACCCUGACGCUGCUCUCUCACGAUGUUCCCACUCUUUCCUUAAUCCAGCACGUCUUUGACUAUCUUCUAGCAAGACCCCCUAUUGCUAUCAUAUAUCUCGAAGCAGCGAUCAUUCUGAGCCGCAAAGAUGACGUUGAACGUUUGUCCAAAGACGACGACGAAGGCAUGUUACACGCCCUCCUAUCGCAACUACCGGAGCUCUCAGAUGAUGCCCGAUUGCAUUGUUCCGAGCUACUGGAAGAUUAUGAUUUGCCACGAGAACCUAGUGCUGGUGAUGGUGGCUGCUGCCAUUCUGGGAGUGAGAUGCAACGGGAGCAUUUCAUUCAAUCACCCGUAGGCUUGGACCACUCCCAAGUACCUCUAUUUCCAUUUUCUGAGUUGGGGGGCCCGCAAUGUGCAGCCACGGUCACUGGGCAGAGUUUGGAUAGCUCUACUCUCAUUGAGUCCUUGAGUACCGAAGAAAACACUCGGGUUGAUAUCCAAGUGGCUUCGUCUGAACCGAAUGAUAGAUCGGCAGACCAUCUUGGGCCACCUUUAUCGCACAUAGCGCCCAUUCUCACUUCAUCUCCGUCAGCGGACUUUGGAUCUCCGAACACCGAUCAAGGAUCACCAUUACAGCGUGGAAUGGAAACUACAGAGGCGACCAAUUACAGCACAGCAAAUUCAUAUCCGGUGCCACUCACGCGAAUUCUCACCACCGCGGAUGCACUAUACCAGAAGUACCCUCCUCUUCCAUAUAAACACCCCCCUGCGCAAGCAACACCGAGCAAUCCCACCCGGACGGAAUCAGACACUCCACACCUCCCUUCCACUAACUCUAUCUCGCUUCGCAUUGAUGAGAUACUCGGUCCAUCAAGUGUCUGCUUUACUUGGUUUCCGAACGCCAUGCAGGAACUUUCAGAUAAAGAGGCGGAGCAGCUCAUAGAACAACCCUUGGAGACUGUGGUCCUACCAAACGACGGCUCCUCGGAUCGAGACUUUACGGAGAACAUGGAAGAAGAGAGAGAUAAGUCAGCAGAGAUGGGGCGAAAUAAGGGACUUCCAGAACGAAAGCAACGUCAGCUGAUUAUACCUUCGAUUGGGAUUGGUGCCGCAAUCAUCGUUGGCAUUGCUGCUGUGAUGUUAUACUCGUCUCCACAAAGAAACAGCGGAUUGAAGGGAUGGCGCGACUUGACACAAUGGGCACGAACGUUGGUGUUGGACCCAGGGGUGGGGAUCGUCGGAGUUCCAUAAAUAAUAGUUAUCUCCUAGCCAUUAUGUAAACGUUCUUAAAAGUGACGAGACUGAAGAUAGGAAUGAGUAAAGGACUUGCUUUGUUGAUC